AUGGCAUUUUUGAUGUUGUGGAUACAGUUGCUCCUGAGGAGCAUUAUCGGUCCUGCCGCGGUCAGCUCCUGCAAGAACACUCCGACAUAUACUGGCUAUCUGUACAGAACCGCACCCUUGCCCCAGGUGGCUAUGAGCGACAGAUGCUUGUUUUCAAAUGGCAGCUAUCCGGGACCUACGCUCGAGGUGGACUGGGGUGAUACGCUGGUUGUGCAUGUCACCAAGGAGUUGCAGUACAAUGACAUCUCGGUUCACUGGCACUGCAUCACACAGCUCGGUUCCAGUCAAUACGACGGAACCUUCGGAGUCAGCCAAUGUUUGAUUGCCCCUGGCGAAGCAUUCACAUAUAAGUUUCGUACCACACAAUACGGAACUGCAUGGUACCGCUCCCAUUUCAGCCUUCAAAUGGCCGACGCGACGGCCGACUACGAUAUUGAUUUAGGGCUUGUCUUCAUCACGGACUGGUUUCAUAAGAGCGCAUUUAAGCCGGUCUCAACGGGAUCUCCCAAAACGGUCUUAUCAACGGGACCAACACCUUCUCAUGCUUGGGAGAAGACCCAGCCUGCACGGGGAAUGGGCGCCGCUCUGAAGCGGUGUUCCAAAAGGGCAAAAAAAAAAUACCGCAUUCACUUGAUCGAUUCCGGGAUCGACGGCUGGAUGAAGUUGUCUAUUGAUGGCCACAAGCUUACUGUGAUUGCUACCGAUCUCGUUCCCAUCGUGCCCUACGAGACCGAGAGUGUUCUUAUCACCUGGGGUCAGCGAUACGACAUUGUUGUCGAGGCGAACCAAGACUCUGGUAACUACUGGAUGCGUGCGGUAUAUCAGACUCCGUGUAACGGGUUGAAAGCUGAACAUAACGAUAUCCGCGGCAUCAUCCGGUAUGAGCAGACGUUGAAUAUGUCGUUCACCUAUAAAAGUGGACAUGUCUACCAGUGGACGGUCAACACUAAACCGCUGAAUAUUGACUGA